UCUGGUUGUUAGUUUGAUCUCAAACUCCGGAUCGGUCUAAGGACCGAUCCGGAGUCUGUUACGCGCCCCGAUCGGGGGCGCACCGCCAACCCAAUGGCGGGUGGGCCCCCGUCGCGCAGCGCCAAAAUAAAUAGAGAGGUGGGGGCCGGGGCACGAUACACGAAGUUCGUCGCCGUGCCUAAUCCCCACCUAAAACCCUAAUUGAUUCGAUCCCGAAGGGUGGGCGCUGAAGCGACGGGAAGCUCCACCGCUGCCGCCGCCUCUGCACCCACGCCGGCUCCUCUGCAUCAUCACCGCCGGCACCGUUCGACUACACCGCCGCCCGCUCACCCUCGUCCACGACUCCGUUCGGCUUCCUACUCGACGUCAUGGCCAACAACCUCGAAGCCGGAUCGUCCACUGGGGGAUCUAAUGCCAUGACCUUCAUUAAUGCUAUACCGCCGUUGGAUGGUUCCAACUACGGGAUGUGGGCACAGAAGCUAGAAGUGGCUCUCGCAUUGUCAGAUAUCGAUUUCGCCAUCACCUCACCGUUUCCCGUUUGUCCUGCGGAACUGGUGAGGGACCCGGAAGAGACGACUGCCGCUUGGCAGGCUCGUCAGAGAGAACAUGCAAGUGUUCAAAUGAAAUUUGAUCUUGAGAAAGCAAAAUGGAUCUCUUCCAACAGAAAGUGUUUGAUGGUGAUCAAGAGCUCCAUCAUAGAUAGUAUCAGGGGAGCAAUCCCAGAUUGCGCCACCGCAGUCGAGUACUUAAAGAAAGUUGAGAGUCAAUUCGUUGGCUCCUCAAAAGCGUAUGCACAAACUCUGAUUCAGAGGUUAGUCAAUGAUAAGUACACUGGCGGUGGUGUGAGAGAGCACAUACUGAAAAUGAGCAAUAUGCAAUACCACGAGUAUUGA